GUCUCUGUCGCACUGCCAUAAUGGCGCACAGGCGCACAGCGCAUUCUCACGGUGCGCGGUGGUACAAGAGCGGCGCAUCAAUGGGAGGCCAGAGGGUAAGAUGGCGGAUCGUGAUUCGGAGGUGCAGGAGGAGGAAAAAGAAGUGCAGCAGCGACAGCGACAGAAGCAGGAGCAACGCCGAACGAGAUCUGAGGUUAAGGAGGACGGUAUUCGCGGAAUGAACGCGAGCGUCCAUCCUAUAAACGAUACGACGAGUGUGAUGACCACGACGAUAAUGGCGUCGACAACGAGUACGACCACGGCGACGGCGACAACAACGACUACGAGUACGACCGCGGUGAACACGGUGAUCAACAAUGGUCGAGUGCCGCAACAUAAUCUUGUCAAUCAACAACAACAACAACAAAUGAAUAAUCCAAACGUUGGACAAGGACCGAGAUGUGUUACCAUCUACAAAACGGAGACUGGCUUUGGGUUCAACGUUCGAGGUCAGGUCAGCGAGGGUGGACAAUUGAGGAGUAUCAACGGCGAACUUUACGCACCCUUGCAACACGUCAGUGCCGUUUUACCCCGAGGUGCAGCUGAAAAGGCCGGUGUUCGCAAGGGUGAUCGAAUACUCGAGGUCAACAACGUGAACGUCGAGGGUGCCACUCACAAACAGGUCGUUGACUUGAUAAAGUCUGGUGGUGACGUACUGACGUUGACGGUGAUAUCCGUGACACCGCAAGAGGCUGAAAGGCUAGAACCUUGUGAGGAUCUAAGCUAUCCACCGAUAGACUACAGCGAAAAACGAUCCUUACCCAUUAGUGUACCGGAUUACCAUGUCCGUGAAAGGAAACACGAACGUUACGUUGUUUUCAACGUACAUAUGGCCGGAAGGCAUUUGUGUUCUAGACGUUAUCGCGAAUUCGCUGCCCUUCAUAUGGCCCUGAAAAAGGAAUUUAUUGGAUUUAAUUUUCCAAAGUUACCUGGAAAAUGGCCUUUUCAAUUGACGGAACAGCAAUUGGAUGCCAGAAGACGAGGAUUAGAACAAUAUCUUGAAAAAGUCUGUGCCGUACGUGUAAUUGCCGAGAGCGAUGCUAUGCAAGAAUUUCUAACCGAUAGGUUAGACGAGGACGGCGAUCAAGGUCCAGCGGUUGACCUAAAGGUUCUCUUACCUGAUCGCGAGGUCGUUACCGUGACGGUCGCGAAAGCCGCUUUGGUCAAGGAUGUCUACGAUGCGGUCUGUAGUAGAGUCGGACUUGAUUCGGAAACCGCCAAGUAUUUUUACCUCUUCGAGAUAGUCGAGUACAAUUUCGAGAGGAAACUUCAACCUCAUGAGCACCCACACACACUUUAUAUUCAGAAUUACUCGACGGCGAGUGCGACGUGCCUAGCGAUAAGAAGGUGGUUGUUCAAUGUAAAUAGGUCUCUUAGCGAGCAGGCCUUGACGUGGAUCUUUUGGCAGACCGUUGAUGAGGUCAACAGGGGACACAUUAGCGCUGGUGAGCGAUUGUAUCAGUUGAAGGCCCUGCAGGAUGCAUCUAGAAAACACGAGUAUUUAAAAUUGGCGAGAGAGUUGAGCGGAUACGGCGAUAUUGUUUUUCCACAUUGUGCUUGCGACUCCAGGAAGGAAGGACAUGUUGUCGCAGCGAUUGGCAUGGCAGCAUUCAAAUUACAUGCAGCAAAAGAGGAUGGUACCUUAGAAUCUCAAGUAGUCGAAUUUCAAUGGAAUACUAUAACCAGAUGGGAGGUAGACGAGGAAGGCAUGGCCUUUUGCUUUCAAUAUAUUCGACAAGAUAAUAGGCCACCACGUUGGUUGAAAGUUUUCACGCCUUAUUAUACCUUUCUGUCUGAUUGCUUCGAUCGAAUAGCAGAAGAGGCGAAGUGGGACGAUCCCGGAGAAUGACGCAGUAUUCGUCGUUAAUACGUUUUUCUUUUCCUUUUUUUUUACUUUUUUUUUCUUUCCUUUUUUAUUCUUUAAUCUUUAAAUACCGAUCAUCUAUAAUUGACGAUCGAUUCAUAGCCUGGACAUUCGAUAGGAUUAUAACUUAUAGAGUGCGAUUGAACGAAAUAUCAUUUAUCAUAUCAACAAUGUCGCACUUUUCUUUCAUUUACAUUAGACAAAUAUAUAUUCGUUUUAUUAACACGAAUCUUAUAAAUCAUAUAUUUACAUAUAUGAUACACGUCGUUCGAAUAAUAUAAUAUUCGAACCUUAUAAUGUCUUCUUGUCUUGCUUUUUUAUUUUUUUUUGCAAUAGUAUAUUAGAAGAAAUUAUAAAGAAUUAUAUAACUUCAAAUGAAUAGUAUUUCCUUCUUAUACUUUUUCUUUUUUUGUGUGCUUAUUUUUUUUUUUAUAUUUUCUUUUUUUUUUUCUUUCCUUUUUUUUAUGUAAGAUCUGUUAUCUUCACUUUAUCUAUACUGUCGCGUUAAUAAUGGAAUGCAAAGGAAUUAUAUAAGACGACGUCGGGUAAAAAAUGAAUGAAUAUGAGAGAACGUAAAUAACGCCUAGUGUCGGUAUAUGAUUUGGCCUAUAAGUUAUUUCCUAGAACGUGUAAUUCGAUUUCUCGUUUCAGAAACAAUCGAAUUACAAAUUGUUCCUUCUUAUUAGCCUAAUAUACAUGUAAGUAUAUAUAUAUAUAUAUACAUACAUACAUAAAAUAUACAUAUUAUUUUCUUUUCAAAUUUCUUUUACAAAAGCGUUACAUAUUCUUCGUUGACUUAACAAACAAAGUAUUAUGUGCUUCAUUCGAGUUUAAACCUCCUUGUACUAUCUCUCAAAUUUCAAUGUGCUUUUAUUUAAAUUUUUACGCUUACUGAAAGCUUAUUGAAAUUUUUGAGAUAUUCCAUGCGAAGUCUCUUCAAUGAUCGAAAAUGUUGGAGUUAUUAAUUAACAUUUUCAAUUUGAAUCAUAUAUUAUUCCAUUACUCAUUCUUGAUCAUCUUGUAUAUGUUGAAAAAUGAAAUGAAAUGAAAUGUAAUGUAAUGUAAUGUAAUGUAAUGUAAUGAAAUAUUUCCAACGGAUGUAUGUUUUGAAAGGUCAAAAGAUUCACAGUUUAACAUCAUUGUAUCUAUAGAUGCCUAUUUUUUUAAAUUAAUGAAUUAUUUAUACGUUCUACGCGUUUAAAGUAAAUGUCUGAAUUAUUAUAAAAAUAUUACGUUGUAAAAUUAAUUGAAAAAAAAAAAAAAAAAAAUAUAGAAAAGAAAGAGAGUAAUGGAGCACGCCUGACAUAAAACAAGGUACAUAUUUUCCCCAGUACUUCGGUGAUUAACAAUACUCAUUAAAUAGUACUAUUGAUAAGAGGAGUUGCUAAAUAAUAAUAAUAAUAAUAAUAAUAAUAAUAAUAAUAAUAAUAAUAAUAAUAAUAAUAAUAAUAAUAAUAACAACAAUAAUAACAAUAAUAUUAAUAUUAAUAAUGAUGAUGAUAAUAAGAGAAUUAAGAAUAUAUAUAUUCAAUACAAGGAAUAUUAUUCUCGACGAGAGGACAACUUUUAGGUGCACCUUCGUCAUAUUUUGUCACGACAGAUACGAACGAUAAACUAUUUAAAGCUGUUUUUUUUUCUUUUUAGUUGAUUUUUAUGGACCAUUAAUUUGUGCGCAUCGUUGUACAGUUUCAUACAUUAUUAUUUCUCAUUCAUAUUUUGUUGUAUUGUUUCAAACGUUUCUCGUUCGAAUAUAGUCUUGACUAUAGUAUAUGUAAAAUAAAGAAGUGAACACAUGUUAUAUACAUAUAAAUACACAUAUAUGUAUACAUUAUCAUAAACACGUACGCUUAUGAACACAAACACACCACAAAUAAUUGUCGUUAAUAUUUUUAAACUUUAUGCAGAAUGCAUCGCGUGAAUGAUAUGAAAGAAGAAAUGUAGAAUUGAGCGACGUGAAAUUUUGUUGGACUAUACAUACACGUUCCCGAGAGUAUAGUAACAAUAAUGUUAAUAGCUGUAGGUAGAUAAAUAUAUCAAUGUAAAUGAAAAGAAAAAAAGGAGAACGCAGAAAUAUACGAGUAAUUAUAGUUGUA